UAAGAGAAAGAAAGGAAGAAAAAAUGGCAGGAAGUGGAGUGCAUUCAUACCAUCCAAUCUUGAAUGCAUCAAGUGGUACUGGUUAUGUUACCACUGUCGGUGGACUCAAUUCCUAUGUCAGUGGUUCCCAUCUCGCCCUCUUUGCAGUUGUUCUUAUGUCCGAUAUUUUUGGAAUCGAAGCACAAAAUUUCAGGAAUCUUGCAGACAAGGUUGCUGCUAGCGGAUAUUACGUUGUAGCUCCUGAUUUGUUAAACAACGACCCUUUUGAUCAUAAUGAUGUCAACAGACCCUUAGAUGUUUGGUCGCAAGAUCACCCACCGGAAAAUGUUUCUGCAGAUGUAAAACCUGUUAUUCAAGACUUAAAAAGGAGAGGUUUUUCUAAGAUCGGAAUUGCUGGUUUUUGUUGGAGCGGUCUUGGCGCUGCCGACAUUGCGAAAACCAAACUUGUGAAAGCUGCUGUGCUAUCACAUCCAUCAUUUGUCCAAGGAAAUAACUUCCGAGGUAUAAAGGCUCCUGUUGCUAUUUAUGGUGGUCAAAAUGAUACACAGACUCCUCCAUCGCGUAUAAUAGAAAUUGAGCGAGUCCUACGAGAUGCUAGACCUGAGGUUGCUUAUGAGGUAAAAAUAUUUCCAAACGUGGGACAUGGUUGGACUCUGUUGUACGAUCCUAAUGAUCCAGAAGCUGUGAAGGCUGCAGACAAGGCUCAUCGAAUGAUGAUAAAUUGAACAACUAUGGUUUCGCUUCUCGUGCAGCAUGUCCAUUUUUCAACUGUAAAGUUUCAAGCUCCAGCUUUUGGUUCCGCCUUCUGUUUCUUGGCAAGGCUUGGACUGGUACACCAUGCGGAUGCACUAACAAGCCCCUUGCUGCAGCUUUCUUCCUGACUUCAGCAGCUGCACGUGUGGCCUUUUCAUCAAUUCCUCUUCCUUUGGGGAGGGCCUCACCUAUUAUUGCAACAUUGAGAGAUUUGUUUGUAGAUACACUUGAACUUCCAGAUCCCCCAGCAACUGGAGCAGCUUAGAAUGCAUGAAUCAAAUCAGGGUGUGCCUGUUACAGUACAAAAUCCUUUUUCAAUAAUUGGAAUCACAACACUAUAUCAAAGAAAUAUAUAAAUAAAAAUUCAAUCUCAACAAGCUCCCCUGCAGCGACACCAUCCUCCAUCAACGCAACCUUCAACGCGCAAAAUCCUUGUAAGUUGCGACAUCCUCCCUCGCAUCAUCACCGUCGUCCAAAUGCGCCAUCACCUGCAAGAGAGCAACCCUUCCCUUCUUGCGUUCUUGUCUCAUGACGGUGUAAGAUAGAAAAGCAAAAUCGUGGCGUAGGUGUAGGGGCAAAUUUCCCUGGCAAACCUUAAUUUGGGGUGGAAGGGGGCUGAGAUGUGUUAGAUUCUUAUUGGCCAAAUAAAGAAAAGCAAUGUGGCAGAGGUGAAGAGGGAAGUUGGCAUGAGACGUGGCCUCGUCAUUUGUCACAUCAAACAGAAGUUAACGCCGUUAAUUUUUAAGGACUAAUAGUAAGAGUUUCAAAAUUGAGGACUAAAAGUCAUCAAAGUUUCGAGUAGGCACUAAGGCCAACAUCGUGUGAUACUUUAGGGACGAAAAACAUAUUUAACCCAAAAAAUAAACUUUUGCAACCAAUUGUAUUAAGUACGUCAUAUGAGUAGCAACUUUUAAGAAUCUUUGUUUGACGAGUUCAAAGAGAUUCUAUCAA